AUAAUUUAGUUCUUGAAAAAAAAUAUGAAAAAGCUUUAAAUUUUAAUUUAUAUUUAAAAAAUUUAUAAAUUAUUCUAGAAGAAAAAAAUAAUUAAAAUUAUAACCUAGAAUUGUAAAAUAUCACUUUCUUUUUAAAAAAAGAUAUCUUUUAAGAUAGUUUUAGCUUCGAAUUGGGUAAAAUAGAGGUUUUUACACAAUAGAGAAUAAAAAUAAUAUAUAAAAAUACAUUUAAAGAUGAAGAAAUAUAAGAAAGAAAUUCUUCAUUUAUUGAAAAAAGGCCCGAAGAAAUAUAAAAAAAGAAGAAAUAUAUAUACAAUAAGGAAAAAUAGGUAUAGGAAUUCUUAAAGAUAUAAAUUGACACUAAAAAAAAUAUAUAAGUAAUAGAUAUUAAUAUGAACAACCUAAAGAUAAUAUACGAAAAAGAUUUUUUGGAAAAUAUCCGUAAAUUUUUCGAGCUAAAAAAUGACGAAGAAUUUUUAAAGUCUUCUACUUGGGAAAAGAUCGAAUUAAUAUAGGAUUAAACAUAAAAUAAUUUUUAAAAAAUAUAUAAAAAAACUCAUAUUUUAUUCACUGUUUAAAUCCUCAAUUUUUCCCUAAAUUUUCCCUUUUAAAAUUCCCAUAAAGAAAAAUGGAAAUUUAAACUAUAAAAAAUACUUGUCGAAAAUUAAUAGAAAAAUAACUCAAUAUAACACUAAAUUUCAUUCGAAAAUAUUCACUUUUAUUACCGAAAUCUACAUAUAUUUAAUUAUUUUUUAAAAGAUUAUCAAUUUUAAUUAGAAAUAAAUACUUCUUUUGCCAAAAAAACACUCAAAAUUUUACUAAGUUCUAUAAAUAUAACGCUUUAAGACUCUUUUUUCCCGUAAAUAAAACGUUUUAUUGAACUCUUAUAGUUAAAAAAAACCGCAAACAGUAAAAAAAGGAAAAAAUAAUCAAAAAAUGCGAAAAAAAGGGAUUUCUACAUUUAAAAGAACAAUUUGAAUGGGUUGAAUACUUCGCAGUAUUUUCAGGGGGCUAUAUUUACCUAUAUGAAGAUGAAGAAAUGUUAAAAAGUGAGAUUAUAAGGUAGAUUUAUAUAAAAAAUUCAUUAAUUUUGGAAAAAAAAGAGAAAGAAUUAGAAGAAAUUUAACCUUUUUAGUUUUGUAUAAAAAAUAGGUACGAAAAAGUUGUUUUUGCAUUCGAAAACGAAUAAGAAAUGAAAAAUUGGCUUUAAAAAAUAAGCUAAAAAAUCGAAUAAUACGCUACUUUAGAAGAAUUAUUAAAAAUUUAAGAAAAAAAAGAAGAAAAAUAAUAAUAAUAUACUAAAAAUACUACUUUUGAUUAAAAAAAUAAGCCUUUUUUGAAAAUAACUGCUUUUAUGGAAAAUUUUUCCUUUAAAUUUAAAAAAACGAAGUCUUUAUAAGAAAAUCCUUUUCAUUUUUAACUUUUUUUAAAUAAUUUUAAUUAUAAAAAGUCCUUAUUUUAAUUUUAAAAUGAAUCUUUUUUGGAAUUUUAGUCUUUUUAAAUAAUAGACGGGGUCCAUAAAUUUCAAAACGAGAUUUUUCAGCAGUUUUUAUUGAUUGAAAAAGGUAGUUUAUACCUAAAUAGGCUAAAAAAAAAUAAGGAAAUUUCAAAAGCACAUUUCGAAGUGUUUUUUAAAUGCGAAAAUUUAAAUCUAAACUGGAAACCAGACACUUAUAUAGAAAUAAUAAAAUUUAUUUAUCAAAAAAUAAAAAAGUAAAAAUUCCUUAUUUAACAAUUUUAAGAAAAAGAAGAUGAAAAAGACACUUUUUUACAAAAAAUCUUAAAAAAAGCCCAAGAAGAAAACAAAGAAAAAAAAAUAUCCUUUUAAAAUUCCCAAAAAACAGUUCUAGAUAAAAAGUGCAUUUUUUAAGAUUUUCAAAAUGCCCAAAAAAGCUCCCGAUGUUCCCAAUUAUUGACCAAAAUGGUAUUUUCCAUAUAAAAUUUAGAUAUUUUAUGCUUUCAUAGGACUUCUAAUUAAUAAGUCUUUAAAAUUAACGGAAAUUCCUUAUAAAAUACUGUCUAUAAAACUUCCGAAGCACUCUUUAUAGACGGAAAAAUUCUCGAUAUUUCCAUUUACGAUUAAACAGGCUACCCUAAAAAUGAAAAACCUUAUAUACUUAUAGGAAAAUAAAAAGACUAGUAAUAAUAAGAUAAUAAUAUAUGUAUAUAUAAAUGGUCAACAUACAAAGAUUAAAAUAUAUAUAAUAAAGACUAAAUUACUUCAUUUCUUUACCUAGAAUUUAAUAAUAUAGAAGCUUUAUAUUAAAAUUAACCUAUAUUAAGAAUAAUUAACUAUAUAACUUAUUAUUUAAUCUUUAUAUUUAUCCAACCCUAAUCUAUAGUGAUGAACGAUGAUUUUUUAUAGUAAAGAAUAUUAAAUAGACAAAAAGCUAAAGUGAAAUAAGUUUACGGAAAUAAACUUGAUCUUUUAAAAUAAUUACUUUUUCCAACUUUUAUUGAUUUUGGUAUAUUUUUAAAUAACACAAUUUUAAAAAUAAAACCUUUUGCAUAUUUUAGGGAAUAUUUUUAACUAAAUAUCUCCAAAAUAGAUAUUUUAAAUGAAAAUAUUAUCUCCAAUAAACGUUUUACUUAAGAUUUUUCCCAUUUAUUUGACCUAUAUGAGGAAAACUGGUUAAUAAACUGUUAUUAAUUAACAAUAGAAUAUAUAAAAGAAGACGAAAAAAUAAAUACUUUAAUAAACUCUUCAUUUAAAAUUAACAGUCUUCUAUACCCUUUAAAAUUAAAACUACUAAGAAAACAAUACGUACAUAUAAUAAGAAUGUGUAUUCAUAAUUUUACAUAUGGAGAUUAAAAAGACCACCUUUAUUAUCAUAAUUAUGAUAUCUAAGAUUAUAUUAAACCUACCUAAUUAGUCUUUUUAUUAGAUUUUCCAAAGGUAGAUCUAUAUCCAGUAUUAAAUGAGGAACCUUAGUGUAAACUUAUGUUAUAAAAUAUGAGAUUAGAGUGGAUUAAAAAUACUGAUUCUACUAUUUCUAUAGGCUUAUGGGCUUAAAAAAUAAAACUUUGCGCUUUUGAGAAGUUUAAUGAUUCGAUAAUUGAAAAAAUUAUUUUAGGCGAAAAUAUAAACGAAAUUUAAACAAGGGAAGAAAUUAAAGUCUUAAAUAAUAUAUAAUAAGAAAACGAUAUAUAUAUAAAAUAUACUUUUGAUAAUCAUUUCGAAAAAACAGACUCAUAGUUUCUUUAUUGGUAAACUAUAGACAUAAAUGGGGAUAAAAACAUGCAUUUAGAAUUCCAAAAAAUAAAAAUCUUCCUCAAAUUAGAUAUUAUAUGGGAAAUUGUACAAUGGUAAUUUCUCGAAGAUGACUGUUGGCCUAAAUACGAGGAAUUUUUCGAAAUAUGUAGGAUAGUUUUCGUUUUAAAAAUUAAAUAAUCACAUAUAAUAUUCCCUAAUUAAAGCUUUAAAUAUACUUUAGUAUCUAAAGGAGAUCUUUAAUUUAUCCAUAUGAGACAAAGGACACUUUAAAUAGAUGAUUUUAAAUAAAAAAUAAAAUAGAAUAUAAUCGAUAAUUAAUAUUUGGCUGAUUUAGGUGAUUUUUUUUCCUAAUAAAUAAUUUUAAAAAGCUUCGAAAUAUUCACUUGUGACCAGCUUUUUUUAGAUAAGAAAAAAUUCAAUCUAAUCCUUAAAAAAAGCCUACUUUUACCAACUGACUUUUCAUUUAAAAUUAGUAAAGAAUUAUAAUUUCAAAUACCUUCUUUGGAAGUUUUUUAUAAUACAAAAUACAAUUUUUCCCUAGAUAAAACUGCCCUCAAAAUCUCUUAUAAAGAUAUCGUUUUAUUGUAAAAAACUUACAAGUUUUAAACAGAAUUAAUGAAGGAUUUUCCCUCAAAUACUACUAAUGAUACUCCUCUAAAACUUCCUGAAUAAAGUAUAUUCGACAUAGUCUUACAUGGAGUACAUAUAUAUAUAAUAGAUGAUCUAUAAGUACCUGUUUUUGAACUUUUUAUAGAUAAUAGUUAAUUCGUUAAGAAUAAUAUUUUGACAAAAUCAAUACUAUCUACCAUAAUCCGCUUCUAGGUAAACUUCUAUAACCCCGUAACUGGAAAAUGGGAGCCUAUAAUUGAACAUACAGGUUUAGAUUUAGAUUUAUCACUUAAUAACUUCGCAAAUCCUCACAAAUAUUGCAUUUUGGAAUUAAAUCCUACUUGUGAAUCCAUAAACAUUAAUUUAUGUAAAGAAUUGUUUUCCAUAUUAAAAUACACGCAAAAUUCUUGGAAAAAUGAGCAAUAUAUUCUUGAAAAAAUAGAAGAUAAGAGAAACUUAAAAAGAAAACAAACAUAAGUCUUAGAAAAUAUAGAAGAAAAUAAUGAAAAUUAAAACGAAUAAAAUCAAUUUAAUUAAAAAAAAAAUAAAGGAAGAGUAUCAACUAGAAUAUUUAAUAUCAAAGAUUCACAAGAAAAUCAAUAAGAAGACUACCUAGAAUAUGUAUCUCCCUAUACUAUAAGAAACGAGUUAGGCUAUAUGAUAGAAAUAGAGUCUGAUUUUCCUGAUUUUAGAGGUUUUUUGAGAAAAUAUAAUGUUCCUAAUGAAGAAGAAGUCAAUUUUUAAGUAGAAAACGAGUACGAAAGUAUGUUUUUUAUAAGAAAUACAAGCCAUUAUGAUAAAAAAACGUUUUCUGUUUUCAUUUUACACCCUUAAUGUAAAUUUCAAAGUUUAAAAGGAAUAGAUUUAGAUGCGAUUGAUAAAAAAAUUGUAAUUAUUUAUGAUUCUUAAAAUAAUAAUAAUUCUUUAUAUAAAUAUGAUUAAUAAUUGUAAAUAGUAGUCGAAGUUAUGCCUUAAGAAGCAAGAAAAAUAAUAAUUUUAAGAUCUUCAAUAUUUUUAGUUAAUAAAUUAGAUACAUCAUUAUAUAUAAAACUUUAAUAAGAAUAAGAAAAAAGUGUUUUUUAAUAUAAAUAAAAAUAAAUAUUAAAAUAAGAAUUAAAAUUAUUAUAGCCUAGUUAAAAAUAUUAUAUACCUUUUGAUAAAAUUUAAUUUUGCCUAUAAUUUAAAUUUGCUAAUAAUACAAGCAUUUAAAAGGAUGAAAAAGUAGAAAAUAAUAAUUAAACAUUAUAAUAUAAUAAAAGUUGGUCGUAAUAUAUUUUUUUGAAAGAUUUAUAAAACAAUAUUAAUUAAAUUGAAUACUAGGAAAUAAAUCAUAGUUUUGAUAAAAUUACUAUUAUUAAAAUCGAAAAAGAAUUGAAAUUAUAGGGUAUUGAUUUAUUUACUAUUUCUUUAGAACCAACUGUUAUUAUAAAAAAUCGUUUGCCUUUUAAAUUUGAUUAUAAAAUUUUUAUUGAAUAAAUUGGAAAUAAUAAUUGUUAAAAUUAAGUUGAAGGCACAUUAAACAACUAAUAGGAAAUACAAUUACAUAAUAUAAAUUCAAAAAACCUUGUUUAUAUUUAAGUUUAAAUAUAAGGAUUUAAAUUAAGCUAAAAAUAAAUUUUAUAAAAUUUCGGAAUUUAUUAAUAAAAUUGGCUUUAGAAAAUACAAAUAGAAGAUUAUGAAAAUCGAAUACAAUUCCUCGAAAUAUAAAUAUAAGAGGAAUCUUUUGCAAUUAGAAAAUAUUUCAUUUACACUUCUUAAUUUGCUAUAAAUGAUACACCUUAUUCUAUAUAUUAUUUUUAUAAAUAAAAGAAAAAUGUUAAAUUAUUAUUUAUAUAUUUAAUCACAUUUUUAUCAAAAGAUAAUACAAACUUCUGUUUAAAAAAAAAUUAAAAAAUAUGUCUUUUAUCAAAUUAAUAGAAUCUUUUAAUAUCAUUAAAUAAAAAUGGAAAAAAUCUUUCAAAAUAAAUAGACCUACAAGGCAUAGGAAAUUAUAAAAUGGAGUUAAAAUUUAAUAAUUCUACACAAAUUUAUGAAUUCGGAAUAAAUACAUCAUUAAUAUGUGUUGAUUUUAUUAGAUAAAUUUAUACAAAAGUUGUUUUAAUUAGUCCACGCUAUAUAUUAGUCAAUAAUGUAAAAAUAUAAAAUAUAAAUAAUUAUAUAAAUAAAAAGACAUUAAAUGAACUUAGUGUUUGUUAAAGUACAUGCUAAAAAUAAACCUAAAUAUAUAUCGUAUAAAACUCUAGAGUUCCUUUUUAUUGGACUGAUGGUUAAAAAGAAAGAAAAAUAAUUAUAAAAUGUACUGAUAAAGAUAAUCAAAUAUGGGGAUGGAGUGGUGGUAUAAGUAUAAAUGAUAUAGAUAUAAUUUCUUUUUCUCUUAGAAAUUAAAUAACACCUAACUAAUUAAAAUAUAUGAAAUUAGAAAUACGAGAAGAUGGACAUUUAAUAUAUUUAGUUAUUAGUGAAUGCUAAAAUAAUGAAGAAGCAGUUUAUUUAAUCGAUAAUAAAUUACAAAAUGUAUGCAUAGAAGUUUAUUAGAAAAAUUUUAAUAAUUAGAAGCUUAUUAUAAAUGAAAAAAGUGAAUAACAAUUCGCUUGGGAAGUUCCUGUAAAGGAAAAAGAUAUUGUAGUUGAUUUAAUUUUUUUAAAUUAAUUAUAAAAUUAGUAUGCAAUUAAUACAAUUUAUAUUAAUUUAGAUGAAAAUGAUGUAGAAAGAGAAUAUCAAGUUAAAUCGAUAUAAAAUGAAGAAUGUUUUUAUAGAUUUUAUAUAAUGAUAUGUUUUGAAGGUUCAACAAAAAAAAUUAAAUUCUAUUGUGAAGAAGAAAUAAAAUAAAGAAACAAAUUAGAAGAAGAUUUAGAUAUAUAAUUUGGUAUUAACAUUAGCAAUAUAAAGUUUUCAAUAUUAAAUUGGAAUAAAAAUAAAAGAUAAGAAUUAGCCUUAAUAACUUUAAAAAAUACUGAAGUUGUUAUUUUAUAAACAUAUGCUUUAAGAGCAUGUUAAGUUAAAAUAGGAUUUAUAUAAAUAGAUAAUAAUAUAUCAAAUUAAGCUUUAUUUCCUGUUAUUUUUACUCCUUCUGCUUAUGCGUUCUUUAAACCUUUUGCUAAUCCCUUAGGUCUUGCCAAAAGCCUAUACAUAGGUUUUUCUGAUUUACUAAACUAUCCAUUAGAAGGAUUUGUAAAAGGUCCUAUAGAAGGCACAAUAGGCUUAACAAAAGGAGCCUUUAGUUUACUUAAAAACACAAUUUCAGGUUCACUUAAUUCAAUGUAAUCUCUAACCGAACCUUUAUGUACUGUAUUGGCUUAUCUUUCUUUAGAUGAUACUUUUAUGCAAAAACGUGAAUACAUAAAAUCAUUGCAUCCAAGCCAUGCUUUUGCAGGCAUUUUUAUAGGCUUUUUGGCCUUUAUAUUGGGCAUAUAGAGAGGAGUUUAAGGGUUUUUUGACCUUCCUUACUAUGAGGCUAAAAAGAAGGGAUCUUUAGGUUUUUUAAUUGGGAGUAUUAAAGGAUUUAGUGGAUUAAUUUUUAAGCCUUUUUGUGGAGGAAUUGAUUUCGUGUAAAAAACGGCGGAAGGAAUUGUUAAUACUAUUACGGUUUUCGAUGAUAAACCUUCGAAUAAAAGAAUUAGAAUGAUUAGGUCUUUUUACUCAAAAAAUUAAUAUUUUAAAGAAUAUAAUGAAUAGGAUGCUAAAAUGAGUUUAGUUUUAGGAGAUUAUAUGAAUGGGAAAUAUAAAAAUUAAAUGUAUAUGGGUAGUUAUUAAAAAAAAAAUAUUAUUAUUGGAUGUGUUAAUUAAGUAUAAAAAGAAAUUAUAUUUGGAAAAUUAAAAUAUAUUAAAGAUAAAUGA